AAUUUGACGAAAAAAAGUAAGCGGGGGCCCAGUAAAGAAGGUCAAAAACCCAAACUGAAAACCAGAGUCGGGUCAGGUCAGGGAAGCGUCUGUGACGGCCAUCCAUCACAGACACCCACUACGCUAAUUCCAACACGCAGACAUUCCUUACGGUCAGCACCUUCAAGUCGAUUUCGGAUUCUCGGCGUAGAAUUCGAUACGCCAAACCUGACCCUUAAAACUUCAUAACUUUUGUUGCAGGGCAGGGCAGGGCAGGGCAGGGCAGAGUUAAUAUUGCUCAACGGAGAAUGACGUCAUUUCACCCGUCAGAGCUGGACUCGGCCGCCACCGACUCGGUCUCGUCCACCCCACGCUCCGACCACCCAUCUCACGAUCUGAAUACACGUGUACGGUUCAUGUGCAGCUUCGGCGGCAAGAUUCUCCCACGGCCACACGAUAAUCAGCUUCGUUACGUCGGCGGCGAUACUCGAAUAGUUGCAGUACACCGUGCCGCCAGUUUCUCUUCCCUCCUCACCAAGCUCUCUAAACUCUCAGGACUGAGUAACGUGACGGUGAAGUACCAGCUGCCAAACGAGGAUCUUGACGCUUUGAUUUCGGUAAAAUCAGAAAGCAAAGGCGAGGACUCAACAGUUAACUCGAGAUCCUCCAGCAUCAGCUCGCUGCUCGACGGCUCCGCUAAACGCGAGCUCUGGUUCCUCGACGCGCUCAACAGCGGCGCGUCUAAUUCCUCCGUGCUCGAGCGAGGCCGCUCCGAAGCUUCCUCGAUUGUCUCCGAAGUGCCCGACUACCUGUUCGGGUUAGACAACUCCGACGAGACUCACUCGCGCGGCGAGUUCAAACCGAAACCCCGAACCGUAUUGCAAGACAACGUGUCGGCUUCGGAUCCGGGUUCUCCUGCCCCUGUUAUUUCAGAAGGGGAGGGAGAUAGACAGACAAGGAAAAAGAAAAAGUUUAUUGAUGGUGAUAUAGCUAUUUGGCUCCCGGGUCAUGUUGUUCGGUCAGUACCCGUUUAUUAUUACCCGGGUCAGGUUCCACCCGCAAACGUACAGGUCCAACCGGUUCCAGUUCGGAGUCAGUUUGUUCAUCAGCAAUACCCGGGUCAGUUUCCUGUGGGCUAUCAUAACCAGAUACCGGGCAUGGGUCAAGUAUAUGGUGGAGGGUUGAGGCCAGUUGGGGGAUUGGAUCCAUAUGAUGUGUCAGCUAGGGUGGUCUCUGAUGGAGUGAACCAGCACCAGCAGCAAGUGUACUAUGGAGUGAGGAAUCCGAAUGCUGCUAUGGUUUCGGCAUACAGUCCAGGUAUGGUGGUGCCAUCUUCUGGAGAGGAAUGGCAAGGACCUGGACCCGAAAUAAAUAUGGGUCGGGGCCCCAAUACAUCUUCUUGACAAUGCAAAUGCAAUGCAUGAAGGGAAAGAACACUUAUUACUGUGAGUGAUUAAAGUGUGGUUAUUUUAUUGUUGAUGAUGAUUGCUGGGUGAGUGAUGAGAUGAUACAGUUGUAAUUAGCUUUUUGAACUUGGUAUUGUGUUGAAAUUGUGAAGGGCUUUUUUUUAAAAAGGGAAAAAUGGUAUAGAAAAGUGAAAACUUUUCCUUUCAAAUAAG